AUGAUUCAUGAAGUGAGUGGUAAUUUUGAAUCAGGGGAUAAAUUAGAAAUAAUCCAAGUAAAAUGUACUUGUGCAGCAGGGGCAUCGGAAUGCUGUAAACAAGUUGUAGCAAUACUUUUAUAUUUAAAUAGAACUCCAAUAUCUGAUAUUGAUACAUUAUCAUCAACUGAUAUUAGAUGUGAGUGGUCACGUUUAAGGGAAAUAUCUUUACAAAAAUAUUCUCCAGUUCCAAUUAAACAAUUUUGUUGUUGCAAACCAAUAAUUGUUCCAAUCUGUAAUAGAGAACUAUCAGGUGAAGACAUUAGAUCUGCUUUUGCUUCACCAUUAUCAGCUUUAUCUUUGCAUACUAAAGGUAGAAAUUGUAUUAGUACUGAAGAAGGCAGAUUAACAAACAUUGAUGCUGAUACUAAUUUUGAAAUUAUGUUGACACCUAAUAGUUUGCUUCAUAUUGUCCGUAAUUGUUUUGUCAAUGAACUAAAAAAUUGCUGUUUAGUUAAAUAUUCCCAACUUGUAGAUACACCUACAGAGUAUAUAAGAAAUAAGUCUCUUAAAGAUAAAGUCUAUUGGAAAGUUGUAAGACAGUUUAGAAUUACAGGUAAUCGGUGUCAUUCACUAUACACCUAUAAUAAAUCUCCAAAAACUGAAAAACAGUGGGCACUUAAGGCUAGUAGAUAUUUUUAG